AUGGAGCCGUGGGGCACAGGUGGGAGCAAGGCAGGGGUUGUGGGGUGGCUCCGGGGCAAUGGGGUGGGCUGUGGCCCACCAAUAUGGGGCGCAGCCCCCUGGAAAGGGGACGGUGCCCCAUGGCCACCACCACCCUCAGCCACUGCCAUGAAACGUCUGUGGGUCGCGGCGCUGCUGCUGCUCUGUGUGUGCCAUGUGGGGGCCGCGGCCGUGCCCCAAACCGAAGACCCCCCGGAGACCCCCCCAGACACCACCACCCUCCUGAGCCGCCACUUCCAGACCCUGAGCGACUUCAUCACCAAAGAGCUGCCCCAGCGCCUGCGGGCGGAUGAGAUCCAGCAGCAGGCCAAGGCUUAUGCUGAGCGUGCAGAGGUGCAGCUGAGGCCUUUGGCUCAGGAGCUGCGCAGCAACGUGCUGGGGCUGUUCUCCUCCCUUCUGGAUUUGGGGAAAAUUGGAGGCACGGAGAAGGACCGAGCCCCAUAGGAAGGGGACCGAGCCCCAUAAGAAUGGGGCUGAGCCCCACAGUGAUGAUACGGGGGGAAUAAAGCAUGGAGCUGC